GUGCAAUGAAUAGAAGCAUGAAGUAUGAUAAUCCGAGCCCGCGAACAACAGCGAAUGUAUUUGGAAAAUUAUUUUUCUGGUGGCUGAAGCCAUUAUUUGCUUACGGAAAGAAGAAUGAUCUGGAGGGCAAGGAUUUAUACAACACCCUAGCUGCUGACCUCAGUGAACCGCUCGGAAACACUCUCGAGAGAAAUUGGAACAGGGAAUUGGCUGCAGCACGUCAGGCGGGGAGAAAGCCAAAAUUCUUAAGUGCAAUCAUAAAAACCUUCAUGUUGUCACACAUGUACUAUGGUGCACUGGUAUUUUCUCAUUCAAUAAUGUGUGUAUUGCAGCCUUAUUUUCUCGGUCUUCUUAUCAGCUAUUUCACUCCAGAUUCAACCAUCACAGUGGGAGAAGCGUGUACAUACGCAUCACUUGUAAUAAUAACGUCAGUUGUUAUGGCUCUGGCUUUUCAUCAUUCAAACAAGGGACAGGAGGAGAUGGGAAUGAGAUUGCGCAUCGCGAGUUCUUCGUUAAUUUAUCGAAAGAUUUUAAAGCUCUCCAGGAGUUCGGCAAACCGAACCGCCGGCGGUCAGAUAAUAAACUUAUUAUCAAACGAUGUGGCAAGAUUUGAUCUGGUGUUCACACGUCUUCACUACUUGUGGGUAAUUCCGAUCCAGAGUGCAGCAAUAACGUAUUUGAUCUGGCGAAAUGUGCAAAUUGCAACUGUGGCCGGGAUUUUCGUCCUUCUGAUUCAAACGGUGCCCGUGCAAAUAUACUUCACGGGAUUGACAGCUAAACUGCGAGCGAAAGUGGCAGUGCGCACUGACGAGCGUGUGCGACUGAUGAGUGAGAUAAUAACUGGAGUUCAGGUGAUUAAAAUGUACACUUGGGAGGAGCCCUUUCUGCGUUUAGUAUCACUCGCGAGAAAACACGAGAUCGAUGUUCUCACCGUAAUAGCAUAUUGGAGAGGAGCAAUGCGAGCGUCACUAAUAUUCAUUGAACGAACGACUUUGUUCUUCACAGUAAUGACGUAUGUGCUUUUGGGGCACACUAUAACAGCAGCCAAAGUCUUCUCCAUGGCGCAGUGUUUCAAUCGUUUGCAAUGCGGAGUAGCGUAUCACAUGCCGACGGGGUUGGCGUAUGUGUCAGAAGCAACAGUCACGAUUAAACGACUGGAGAAUUUUCUGUUACUGGAGGACAAUCAUCCACUCGCCAUUGAGCAAGCACCGGGUGAUGCAGCUUCAAUAAGAAUAGAAGAAGUCACCGCAUCCUGGGAUCAAGAGUCAAUAACUAAGACAUUGCGGGAUAUAAAUAUAACAAUAAAGUCUGGCACGCUGACUGCAGUGGUGGGUCCAGUCGGCGCCGGCAAGAGUUCUUUAUUGCAAUUGAUUCUUGGAGAAUUGCAUUCGACUCAUGGCCACGUGACAGUUGGGGGAUCAGUGUCAUAUGCUAGUCAGGAGCCCUGGCUAUUUGCUGGAAGUGUGAGGAAUAAUAUACUCUUUGGACAGCCUUACGAUGAGUCGAGAUAUCGUCAAGUGGUGCGUGCUUGCGCAUUGACCAAGGACUUUAUACAACUUCCUCAAGGUGAUAGAACACCGGUGGGUGAGCGUGGUACGUCACUCAGUGGUGGACAACGCGCUAGAAUUAAUCUCGCAAGAGCUGUUUAUCAAAAAGCUGAUAUUUAUCUUUUCGAUGAUCCUCUGUCGGCUGUUGACGCACACGUUGGUAGAAGUUUGUUUGAAGAAUGCUUCAUGGAAUAUUUGGCGGAUAAAACGAGGAUUCUAGUUACUCAUCAGGUGCAGCACCUCAAGGAUAUCGAUUUCAUCGUCAUGUUGAACCAUGGAGUUGUUGAGAAGCAGGGGAGUUCCGAGGAUUUUGGGCAGGAUGAUUUCGCAAUACUGCAUGUUGAUGACGAGGUGGAGCAAGAGGAAAAGGAGAUGAAGGAGGACGCAUUUGGUAACGGGAAAGGACCUUCAAUCCCUCAAGUGUCUUACUAUUCGAGGGUUGAUAAAGAGGAGAAGGAGGAAGUCGAACCCAAGGAGACGGAAGAACUCAUGGGCAAGGGGAAAAUCUCAAAAUCACUAUUUUGGAACUACUUCAAGUCCUCUGGCAGUUAUUUUCUUCUUUUCAUGUUUUUUGUGUUUUUGCUGCUGGGGCAGUUGGGGAGCAGUGGCUCGGAUUACUGGGUUGCUUAUUGGACUCGCCAGGUGGACUUGCAACAGACCAGUGGAAUCGCGCAGAACUAUUCUUUUAGAAAUGAGUCUCUCCACACUGUUGACGAUGAAAAUGCCACGUAUUUUGGAAAUGGAUCGACUCCCUCGAUCAAUCCAGGAGUUUUCGGACAUAUUGAUCAUCAUUAUGACAAUAACACAGCACUUUGGAUUUAUGGGAUAUUGGUAGCAGCAUGUACUAUUUUCACAACAGCUAGGAAUCUGGUGUUCUUCAAAGUUUGCAUGAAUGCAGGCAAAAAUAUCCACGAUCAAAUGCUCAGAUGUUUGCUGCAGGCACCAAUGAGGUUCUUUAAUAGCAAUCCUUCAGGACGUAUAGUCAACCGUUUUGCCAAAGACGUAGGAUGCAUUGAUGAACUUCUGCCGAACGCGGUGUUAGAUUCUAUCCAGAUAUUUGCAGUGAUGAUCGGCAUAUUAUCUCAAGUGCUCAUCAUCAACUGGUGGACCGUGUUCCCAACAGCAGUGGUGGGCUACUUCUAUUGGAAAAUAAGAAAUUUAUUCUUGGCAACUGCGCAGGAUCUGAAACGACUGGAAGGAAUCACAAAGAGUCCAGUUUUUUCUCAUGUCAAUGCAACACUCGCCGGAUUGACGACCAUUCGAUCCGCUGGGGGACAGGAGAUGUUGCGAAAGGAAUUUGAUAACCAUCAGGAUGUUCACACCAGUGUUAACUCGUUGUUGAUCUCUACUUGUACGGCUUUUGGGCUUUGGCUGGACGCUGUGACUAUUGUCUUCGUUGCUUUCAUCACUUAUAGUUUUAUCAUUCUCAAAAAUGAUUCAACAUUCGCUGGAAAUGUUGGCCUGGCAAUAUCCCAAAUUUUGAUUCUCUGUGGGAUGGUUCAAAAUGGAAUGCGUCAGACUGCAGAAAUGGUGGCGCAAAUGACAUCAGUGGAGCGUGUAUUACAGUACACUAGAUUGGAGAAGGAAGAGCCCUUCGACAGUGAAGUUAAUUCAAGGCCACCAACAACUUGGCCGCAUCAGGGACGAAUUGAAUUUGAUCACGUCUACUUGAGGUAUUCCGUCGACGAUGCGCCAGUCUUGAAGGAUUUGAGGAUUUGUAUAGAGCCGGGCAUGAAGGUGGGAGUUGUGGGCCGCACGGGGGCUGGUAAAUCAUCACUCAUAGCAGCACUCUUCAACUUAGCGAAACUUGAAGGUGCUAUUCGUAUUGAUGGAGUUGAUACAAAGAAGAUCGGCCUGCAUGACUUGAGAAGAAAAAUAUCCAUAAUACCACAGGAACCAAUGCUAUUUACAGCAACACUGCGUGAUAAUUUGGAUCCCUUCCACCAAUUCAAGGACGAUCAACUCUGGGCUGCUCUGGAAGAAGUGGAGCUGAAGGAUCACAGUCAGUCCCUGGAUUAUCUAGUCACCCAAGGUGGUACCAAUUUCAGCGCUGGCCAGCGACAAUUGCUCUGUCUAGCCCGAGCUAUUGUCAGGAAUAAUAAAAUAAUCGUACUGGAUGAGGCGACUGCCAACGUUGAUCCAGCCACUGACGCUCUCAUACAGCGAACAAUUCGCGAGAAAUUCAAGGACUGCACAGUUUUGACGAUAGCACACAGACUCAAUACUGUUAUGGAUAGCGAUCGAAUUCUCGUGAUGGAUUACGGUCAAGUUGUGGAAUACGAUUCUCCUCACGUGCUCUUACAAAAAGACGGGUACUUGACGAGAAUGGCGAAUGAAACGGGUGCUGCUGUGGUUGAUAGAUUGAAAAAGAUAGCGGAAGGAGCUCAGAAACCAAUCGCUCCGCAUACGUAACUUGACAAAUUUGUUCAAAUGACUAGUGAAAAUCCCACGUUCAGAACAAUCUUCAGUGAGUCACUGUAAUAAAUUGGUCGGAACUAUGCAAUAAAGACUGUUGUGCAUUAACAAAAAAUUAA